CUUUGAUGUAUAUGUUGUAAUCUUGUGUGAUUCUUGGUCGUUUGUGGUCCUAUAAUCCCUUUGGUUGCUUGAAUAUGGUUUAUACGUUGUUCGAAGUCCAAAAACUAACAUUAGAGUUUUUGAAAAUACGACGUUUUACUGUUCACAUUUCGAACAGCGCCUGGUAUUGAUCUUCGUCUGAAAUUAACUGGUGGUGUGCGGCUGUUCUGUGUCGGAAUCCUUCACUAGGCCACUUCCGACCUUGGAUUUGGCGUGGGAGGGAUUAACGGUGGAAACAAGCUACAACUCACUUCCGAUACAGGUUGCUCAAGCUCAGAGGUGGUUAUUGAUUUCUGCUGCUGUAACUGUAUGGCGAGGUCAAAACAGGGUAAGGUAGAGGCUUCUACAACAACUAGAAACACCAGGUCUAGGUUUGCACUACUUGAGGGUAUGGAUGACGAUUUCCCAUAACUGGCUGUGAAUAGGCCUGGGAGUGCUCCAACCGUAGAAAACCCUUCUAUCCCUGAGGUAGGAACGGGCAAGUCAACUGAAUGCGAGGGUGCUGGGACUAAUAGGAGAGCUGGGAAAUCAACUGUGAUUGAAGCACAUGCUAAAGCUCCUGGAGCUUUAGUUGCUGCGAAGUCACCUACACCUGCGGCUUUAGCUCCUGGGAAGUCAUCUGCGGCUUUAGCUCCUUCUGUAUCAGGGAAGUCACCCGCAGCUUUGAUUCACAGGGAAAUUACACCUCUGGGAGGUAAUGAUGGGAAGAAUGCCAAGAAUGAAGUUACUAAAGCUACGGUAAAACCAUGGUCAAAUCUUUUCAAGGAUAAUCGUGCUCCAACACAAGGUAUGAAGCUGAGAUAUGUCUCGCCAAAAGGUGAUUCUUUGGACUUCACUGGGAGGAUUUUACCGUCCAUGAAUGAUAUGUGGGGCCACUGCCUUGUCGGGUACUUCACUGGCAGAUUCCCGGGCCUCAAAGCCAUAUAUGAAUUGAAAGAAAAAUAGGGUGUGAGAUGUUUGAUUAGGCCCCAUGACAAGGGAUGGGUCAAUUUUAAGUUCCAAAGUGAAACUGAUAGAGCUAAAGUACUUAAUGAAGGGCUGUAUACAAUCUUUGGGAAAAUGUUGUUGCUUAAGAUACUUUCUGAUGAUUUUUCUUUCAAUGAUGAGGAGUUCUUAAAGGUGCCAAUUUGGGUCAAAUUCCCGAAUUUACCACUUAAGCUUUGGAAUGAUGAAGCUAUGAGCGAAGUGGCGUCUAUGGUUGGUAUCCCGCUAUCUACUGACAAGGUUACACAAGAAAAAACCAACCAUCACUUUGCUAGGGUGCUAAUUGAGGUGGAUGUUUCAAAGCCACCACCGUUAUCAUUUCCCAUAAGAUUACCUUCCCGAAAAGUACUCAAACAAAUGGUGGUAUAUGAAACUUUUCCAAACUUCUGCUUUCAUUGCAAAGAAUACGGGCACCACCCGUUUAUUUGUAACAAACUUGCAGGGAUUAGUAAGAAGAAGAAGGAUGCUGAAAUUGUUAAGAGUGCAAACAAAGGAGAGGAAGUUGUCUGAGUAAAGGGAGAUGUUAUGGCUGCAUUGGGGGAUAAGACUGUGAAUGUGACCGCUAUUUCUGAGCAUAUAGGGGCGGAAAAGGUACAGCUAUCACAGGAACCUGCUGCAUGUGAACAGGCUGAACCAGUGGAACCUGCUGCUACAAGUAAACAGGCUGCUACGUGUGAACCUACUGCUGCACUGUCACCAGAACCAGCGGAACCUGCUGCUGAAGUUACUGCGUUUGAAGUUGCUGCGUUUGAAGUUGCUGCACCUGAACAGGCUGAAGAACCUGCUGCGUUUGAAGUUGCUGCACCCAGAGCUGGUGGCGUAGUUUCUGCACCAGUACCUGCUGCGAUGGAACCUGCUGCUGCAUUGUCUCUUGCUGCGUUUGAACCAGUCAAACCUGCUGCUGCUGAUAACUUCACUGCUGCUGCGGAAAGGGCAGCACAUGCACCGGGGCCCCUGCACCAAAGAAGGGUCCGACUAAGAAAAGAGUUUUUAAAAUAAGCAGAUGCCCAGGUUAUUGAUCCGUUUCUCAGGGCCCAGGUAGAAAGAUGGUUUUUAUUGGCACCUAUUAUUUACUUUCGCAUGGGAAUUUGUGGGAGCUGCUGUUAUUAUUGUGCUUCACAACUACGGGAGGUUAUUGAGUUAUCUAAUGAGUGGGGUUUAGAGCUAAAAGGAAGCUACUGUCUGCUGAUUUUUGGAUGGGGAAGCUACGGCUCUUUUUGAUGGGCUGGAUUAGCUUUAAUUAAUUAGUGACUUUGUGAUGUGGGGGCUAUCCCAUUAUUUUGAUGCAUUAUAUCUAGGUUAGUUUAUUCUAGCUUAGAUAGUAAUUUUGAUCUGGACUUGAUGCAUUGUAAAAUACUAUUUUUGGGUGGCUUAUAUAAAUUUACAUUUCAUCCAAAAAAUAGAACUCGGUAAGAUCUUUCCAACGAGAUAUUAAA